UUUCCGCCUGUCUACUGCGACACAUGACCCCACAGCUCUCUCCAUCAUCUGGCUUUUGAAGUCGGUCGGGAGAUUCUAUUUCUGCAUCUAGCUACCGCAGUGUGCCUGCUCGAAGGCUUUUGUGAUAUUUGCUUAGCACAUAGCAUUUGAUGCAGAUGGACCACUAUCUGUGAUUCUCCAAUGCACCUUUUCUUUCCUGUGACAAUGAAAAUCAACGGUGACGUUUAAAAGAAUUUGAAGGGAAGGCAAUCCACCUCACAUACAAAGAUAAAUUGAAGCUAGUUGCAUUUACCAAGCAGGUUACCAUCGGAAAAUUAGAUCAAUCAAAGUUACCUCCCCCUGGAUAUCUAGAUGUUGUUGGCAAUGAUAGGAGAAAAGAAUGGCAAGCUUUAGGGGAUCUCAGUAAGGAGGAUUGUAUGCUACAGUUCUGUGAGCUGCUUGAGAGUCGAUGCCCACAGCUACAGCCUUAUAUAGAAGCUCAUCGGAGAGAAAAAGAAGAGCAAGAGAGAAAAAGGAUAGAAGAGGAAGAGAGAAGAAAGCGUGAGGAAGAAGAGAGAGAACAAGAAAGGUUAGAAGAAGAAAGACUGAGGAAAGAAGAAGAAGCAAGGCAAGCAGAAAGACUAAGGGAAGAACAACAAAGGUUACAGUUUAAAGAGUCUGUAUAUCAACAGCUAGAACCCCAGCUACGUCCUUUAGCUGUAGAGCAAUACCCACAUAAUCCACAGCAGCAACAAGUUUUUCUACAACAACUUCAAGAGCACUAUUACCAGCAGUACAUGCAACAGAUCCAAGAGGCACAAAACCAGCAACAACACAAUCAUAUUGCUCCUUCAUUAACCAUGGAAAACCAAACAGAGGGAGUGUCUCCACAAGAUGGCACAUCUCCUAACAAACUAGCACAAGAUCUUAGUCACCUAGAGCUGGGUGGUGAAGGUGAUACUGCUCCUCCCAAUGGAGAUAUCAAUAAUAUUCCCCUCAACAGUGAUGAGGACCAAUAUCCAGUCAUCUGCAAGGCAUCAUGCUGGACACGCAAGAACAUCAAAGAGUUUAAGAAAGAGCUGGUAUCAGAGAAGGAGUCUGUGAUAAAGGUUGGGCAUGGUGAGACAGUGACUGUACGUGUACCCACACACCAGGAGGGAAAGUAUAUCUUCUGGGAGUUUGCAACGGAUAGCUAUGAUAUCGGCUUCGGUCUCUACUUUGAAUGGACGGAGGCAGAGAGUAACGCAAUCAGCGUCCAUGUUAGUGAUUCCAGUGAGGAUGAAGAAGAGUUUGAAGAUGAAGAAGGAGGAGGCGGAAAGAGUGACAUCGAGCGAGGAACGAAGGAUAGAGGACCCCCGAUGGAUGAGAUCAUUCCAAUCUAUAGACGAGACUGCCACCAGGAGGUGUAUGCUGGAAGUCACAAGUAUCCUGGCAGAGGAAUCUAUCUGCUCAAGUUUGACAACUCCUACUCCCUCUUCAGAUCCAAAACACUCUACUAUCGGGUGUAUUACACCAGAGAUACCCAACCCGGUAGGACGCCCCCAGACGCCGUAGAAACCUAGAUAACACCCAGGCUAAACACAUAUGUGAUAUGCUGGUAAUGUGUAUAUGAUUAUAACCUGUGCCACUCUUGUACACACUGUUCUGUAUUGAAUCAUACCCGCAUUGCAUUGGCCUCGAGUACCUGGUGCAUUGUCCCUAAUAUCUGCCAUAUGUUGCUGUUUAUGUAUGUGGAGCACUAAUUUGAAUGAGGAAUAAACAGAAAUGUUCGUGUAUGGGUUACAUUAGAUUAAAGGAAGUGUCAUUCAUUUGAAAUCUCAAAUUGAAAGCUGGAAGUCAUGUUCCUCGUAGCUAUUUAGUUACAAGUAUUUGCUCAAGUCUGGGUUCAAGAAUUACUAUAUUUUGAAGCUAAUUGCGGAGAAGAGCUGCCAAAAUAUACCUUCAAUUAGAUUUUGAAACCAUAAAUUUGCGAAUCAAACAGAAAUAUGUAAUUCGUUCUCAAUACAUACAUGUAGAUAGGACUGUAGAGAUAUAUGAUAUAACAUCUUAUUAAAACAAAAUUAUUGGAUCUUCAAAUUUGCAGACAAGGGGAAAAUAGUUGUUACUAACAAAAAAUGUAACUCCCUUCCCAGCUCUAUCUCUCUCUCUCUCUCUC